AUGCAUGGUCAAAGUAUUCCUCUUGAUUGGCAAUCAUCCAUGAAUAUAUCUUCUCCUGGUUUUCAGUUCUUACCUGUCAAUUAUCAAGCACUCUUUUUGUCUCAAAUCAAUACAAAAUCAUUAUUUUCUUGUGCACAAACAUGUCAUUCAAAUGGCAAUUGUCGCAUAUUUGAUUUUGAUGAUCAAUCAUUGUUGUGUCGUCUUUUUCAAGGUAAUAUAAUAACUAUGGGUUCAAUUAUACCUUCUUCAUCUCCGCAAUCUCGUGUUGGGUCAAGAAAAUAUAAUGCAGAACAGUUUAUUAAUCAUGGUCAAUCAUGUUCAUUAUGUGAAGGAAGUCGAUAUAUGAGAUGCAUUAAUAAUACAUGUCAUUGUGAAAUAAAUACAUAUUUUGAUGGAUCAAUAUGUCAGAGUCAGAAACUACUUGGUGAUGUAUGUAUGAAUAGUACAGAAUGUCGACAUGAUCUCAAUUAUACAUGUUUACCACGUCAACAAUGUGGUCCAUCAUCGAUACAGGUUGGAGCAGUUGUUGCUGGUAAUGCUAAUGGUGCGCAAGGAAGUUCUUUAACUACACUUUACUAUCCAGCAGGAAUUACAAUUGGAAUUGACAACUCACUUUAUGUAUCCGACUCUUACAAUAGCAGAGUCUUGAGAUUUCCAGCAGGAUCUUUAACGGGUUCACUCGUCGCUGGAACAGGAUCUCCAGGCGCUAGUAACAACCAAUUAUAUGGGCCUUCAGGUUUAUAUAUUGAUACGUCGUUUAAUCUCUAUGUGGCAGAUACUUAUAAUUAUCGAAUAAUGCUUUGGCAAAAUAACUCGUCGUUUGGUGUUCGAGUGGCCGGAACUGGUUUGUCUGGAAAUACGUUAAGCAGUUUCGGUCUUGUAGGUGGAAUAUUUGUUGAUUCACAAAAAAAUAUUUAUGUUUGUGAUCAAGCUAAUAAUCGCAUAAUGAGAUUCUCACCUAAUACCACGUUUGCCACAAUUAUCGGUGGUACCGGUGUUGCUGGUAAUGAUGAUCAACAGCUCAAUUCACCAACUAGUCUAUUCUUUGAUGAGCCCAAUUUCUAUCUUUAUGUUUCUGAUACUAACAAUCAUCGAAUUCAACGAUAUCAUGUUGGUGUUUCGUUAAACGGAACUACCGUUGCUGGAGGAAAUGGUCAAGGACCUGGAAGUAAUCAGUUGAAUAUGCCAUAUUCAUUAUGCGUCUCAACAAUCAAUAGUUAUAUUUAUAUUACAGAUGGUGGAAACCAUCGUGUGCAACGCUGGAGUUUUGGAGCAUCAUAUGGAGUGACCAUUGUCGGCAAUGGUGCAAUAAUAAGAAAUGAUUCAACAUUGAUACAAGGAAAUAUGACUAUUAGACUAAACAAUAAUGAAAAUAAUCUAUUUGUAAGUGAAAUGACGGAAAAUAGAGUUUGGCGUUUCCAACUCAUUUAA